UUUUUGGAUAGGCGUGAUUUGGAUUCGUUGCGGGAUUUUCUUGUGUGUUCCAGAUGCGUGUACUAUUCAGAGGACAAUCAAUUGACAUCACUAAACCUCCGGAUGAAAAGUGGCCGCGUCAAUCGAACUCGAGAUGGAAUUGCAGAGCGAAACGGAAACGAGUGAUGCCCGUCGUGUUCUGCGUCGUUUGCUUCUCGUUUCUAAUUGGAUGGGUUUUGAGGGACAUCUUCCAGUAUCGAUCAACGGUUGUUUCCAGCAGUGGAGCCAACACCACAAUUUAUGAUGCGGUUGAGUUUGGUGUGGAUGAAAAUCUGGACGGGAAAAGUAAAGUAUCAGGCGGUAACAAGAAUCCUUGUAAGCUAACGAGCGAGUGUAAAAUUGUGUGCAAUGAUGCGGACUUGGCUGUGCUGUCGGAGAAAAUUAAUGAAACACUCAAGGAUCAACCAUGCACUGACAUAACCUUGACCAUCGACUCUCUUCGCACCGUGGACAAUAAACUUUUUCGAGGCUGGAUUACCCUUGAUGGUGAUAUAAACAUUCAAUCACUAGAGCUCAAGAACUCCUCCAUAAGCGAGAUCCCACCGGAAUCCUUCGACGCAGAAUUCUUUCGCGAAACGAUAACUCUAACUCUGGAAUCUCUGCAGGUAUCCCAUUUGUAUGGGAAUGUUUUCCUCGGACUAUUGCAGCUGAAAGAACUAAACCUGAAGAACCUUCCACUGGGAAACAUCGAGCCGUUCGUGCUGGCCCCUAUAAAGUUCACUCUGGCGAGACUGCUCGUGGAGAACUGCUUGAACCGGAUGGACCCUCGGACGAUCCUGGGUGAAACAACACUGGAUCACUUAGUGAUUGUUUCGUUUGAGUACAAUGUGUUGGAGGAUGUUAUCAGCGAUGAAACAUUCGCGAUGACUCCGAAUUUGUCGAGCCUGUAUCUGAGGAAAUCACAUAUCACUUCUUUGAGCAAAGGAAUCAUAGACUCUCUUACCAAAUCGGUGAAACAAAUUCAUCUCGAUGGGAAUAGUCUGAGCUCCGUACCGUAUGGAGCGUUCGAUAGUCUGCUGAAAAGAAAUGUUAAAGUUUAUUUAAAAGACAACCCAUGGAACUGCGACUGCGAACUCAAUUAUUUACGAAACAUCAUAACGUCGAACGAAGAUAUGUUUGACGAUAUAAAAUGUAUGUCUCCACCUGAAUACGCUGGAAAAUAUGUAACUUCAGCGAAUUUUUGUGAUUCAACAACUACAACACUCAUUCCGGAAACAACAUUCAGUCAAUCCUCACAUUCGACAAACGAUGAUUCUACUGUGGAUUACACGACACUGACCACGUCAACAGAUAUCGCUACACCUAUAACACCUACCAAUUCGACCUAUCAUCCAAUCACUACUCCACAAGCGAAUUUAUUUGAAAUUCAGUGCAUGACAACGGCGGUACCGUUGGAACCAUCCAUCGUUAGCUACGACCCAUCGCGAAUCAGUCUAACGAAACGGACCAAAGUAUUUAACGUCUUUGAGUCACAGGUAGGCUCCGUUGAAGUGCUUUUUGACCGGCUUUAUACAAACGCGGUCCUGCUCUGGUUCUACGACCCAUCUUCAACAAAGUCAGUUUUCAUAGCAAACAUCGAGAAUAGGGCCAAAUGUGCGGAUGUUUUCGGGCGAACCGUGCGAAUCUCAAAUCUCAUUCCUGAUAAGAAUUACAUGUUUUGUGUAAUUUACCACAACGAGUUGAUGAUUACUCCAUUCGACUGCUUGCCGUACAAAUUGUUACCAUCUUACGAACAGAGAACUUGGUUGGUCCAAGAUCAAAAGAUUGUUAUGAUCAGUAUUUUGAUUUCUUCCAUAGUUGUUGCGGUUUUAACCGGGAUUAUGGUGUCAUACUGCUUCAUUAAAAGUUUUACAACGUACCAGAAAGCAUGCAAGCGUUUGACGUGUGAUUCGAAAGCCGAUCGUAGCACGGCAAAUCAUAGCUACAUGACACCGGUUGUAGGACAUACAAGAAGGCAAACGCUUCAUAAACGUAGCGUAUCGGAUACCAGCGCGGUAAGCUGCCGUAGUUAUAUUUCCGCGGUUGCUCCUGCAACCCAAUUUCAAUACAUCUCCUGGAAAAUGGACAAUCGACCCCGGCUUUCGAUGGAGUACUACCCAAAGGAACCGCCGCCGCCACCGUUGCCGCCACAUCCGAGCAAAAGAAUGAAGACGCAGAAAAGGGAGGUAAAAGCCAAUCGUCAGGAAUCGUAUGACGAACCAAGCGUCAGCUAUGAGUGCAGCCCAUAUCCGGAGAAGCAUUAGGGGUUUUGUUGCAAAAUUAGGUCGUUUAACUUGAAAACGUGUUCGUAUGUGGUGUUUGAAAUUGCUUUGCUCUUCAGUCGGUGUUCAAUUAUUGUUCAUCAAUAAAAUAAGUUAAAUAACAAGUGCGAAUUAAGUCCGUGGCAAUCUGUUUAAAGUACUUGUAAGUA